AUGCGGGUUGGCGGAAACAGCGGUACUCACCUCUGGUGGGAUAGAGGCCCAGUGUUUGUUACCCAACUUGUUGUGAGGGUCAUCAGUUACAAACUUGUCCGUGAUAGUGCGGCCGGUCGACACGUCUGCCCCUUGCAUUUUCGAUACGGUCCCCCUGUCGUCGUACUUAGGGAGAAGCUUCUUGUUGGUCCUCACCGCGAUGAAUUCGUUUGUACCAUCAUUGGCCGACUUGACGAACAAUCCAACCCAAUUGAGGGCAGCAUAGUUGCCACUGCCCCAAACAGUGAUCGCUGGAUUGGUCGCCUUGGGGGCACGAACAGCCACAAGUCUUUCUUUCUUGAGACCAAACUUGGCGCGGGAAGAAUAAUGACUACUUCUUUGGUCUCUUUCAGUCUUUUCGUCUGUGAAGGCGUCAUGCCAGUUGGGAACACUUUUCGCGAAUGCCGCAUUCUCGCCUCCGAUCAAAAAGAACAUCUCGGCCGCAUUCACAUGGACGGAGAACAACCAGUAGUCCUCUUUGCUAUCAUCGAACUGGUUGUUACCUUUAAACUGGCGGAAUUUCCACAAUCCAUGUUCCAUAUCCACUUUAAGCCGGUAAUCGAGAAGUGGUACAUCAGACCCAAGGUCUUCUUUCAGUCUAACGUUCAUAAGGUAUUCGACCUCGAAAGUCGCGCUCAUGGGAUCUGCCGUUUCAAGAUCUUCCUCCAUGCUCGGUGCAGGGGGUUCCGAAGCCCUGGAGACUUCGGGACUAUCACGGGGUUCAUUGUCACUUGA